AUGAAAUCAAGAACUGGAGAGAACCUGCAGGUUCCCAUCAACUACUGGCCAGUUUUAUUGAAUCAGAGCUCAACAAAACAGGCACUUCCUCAUUCUGCCGCCACCCAAUACCAUCUGUCUUCCAGUUCAAAACAAAGAAAUGGUGCAGUGAAAUUAAUGCCCAAGAUAACAGACACUGUGAAGAGCAAGCUGAUUCUUGGGGCAAAACUUCUCCAAGCAGGUGGCGUCCAAAAGGUGUUCAACAAGGAAUUCAGUGCUAAAGAAGGGGAAAAGCUGUUGAAGGCAUCUCAAUGUUAUUUAUCAACAACAUCUGGUCCAAUGCCUGGUCUACUCUUUGUUUCUACUCAUAAACUUGCCUUCCUUAGUGAGAGAUCAAUCAAAAUCCCUUCUUCAACCGGAAAGUCCAAGAGAAUGCAUUAUAAGGUAUCAAUCCCAAUUGCAAAAAUUAAGAGAGCAAAUGAAAGUGAGAAUUUGAAGAAUCCAUCAGAGAAGUACAUUCAAGUAGUCACGGAAGAUCAUUUUGAGUUCUGGUUUAUGUGGUUGUUACAUCAUCAAAGAACCUUGAAAUAUCUCCAAAAUGCAAUUUCUCAGGCUCAGUAUUCUUAGAAAUAUUUCUGUAUAAUAAUAUACUUGUAAAAUGUGACCAAAGCCUGUAUAUGUGAUCGAAU